CUUUCUGAAUUACUUUAUUACAAAGUUAUAUUUAUAAGAAUUUGAGCACUCUACACAUAUGCAUACUUCUAAGAUGCCAUCAUAGUAAAGACCAACAAUUUGGUUGCAUUUCAGGGAGAAAGGCUCCACUGAAAUGAACAUUGUGAGGAAACUCAAUUUAAUGAUACUUCGGAGUCUAUUAUUGCUUCAUAUACUGUUUUCAUUACAAGGAUAUAUUUCUGCAUCAUCCAUCUGGACGAAAGUAUCAAAAAACGGGUUUAGUGAAAAUCGACAGAAAAGAGCUCUUUUAGCAGCACAGUUGGAAGCAACGUCUUCAAGAUAUUUCUUCCAUGAAGCUAUUAAUUGGGGUGAGAGCAAAAUAAAAGGUUCUUGUCCUCAUGAAUGCCUUAACGGAGCUUUCUGUUCUAAGACUGGUACAUGUGACUGUCAAAUAUUCCAGGCACUUGGGACACGGUGCCAGAUUGUGCCAAACAUGGGCAAUGGCAGAGAUGGGAUUUGCAAAACCUGGGGACAGUACCACUUUGAAACUUUUGAUGGCAUUUACUAUUAUUUCCCAGGAAACUGUUCUUACAUUUUUGCAAAGGACUGUGGUAAUUUGGAGCCUCGGUACACUGUAUGGGUUCAUAAUAGCCCUAAGUGCCAUGGUUCAGUGUAUUCCUGUUAUCGGUCAAUCAGCUUGUUCUUUUCAGACCAAGAGGAAAUUCGAAUUUAUGGGCAUGAAAUAAAAAAGGAUGGAAUCAGUUUAAUGUUGCCUCAGACUAUUGGGCAGGUUUUCAUUGAGAAACUAGCUGACUAUAUUCUGGUGAAAACAACCUUUGGUUUUUCUUUGGCUUGGGAUGGAAUAUCUGGAAUUUACCUCAAACUGUCUCAGGAGCAUAAAGGGAAAUCGUGUGGUUUAUGUGGAAACUACAAUGGCAUUCAAUCUGAUGAUUUCAUCAUUCAACAAGAGGACUAUACAGAAGACAUUGCUAUGUUUGCAAAUAGUUGGUCGGUGCAAAUUCCAGAGGACACCAAAUGUGUACCCACACCCUCAGAUUUUCCAAAUCCGUGCUCCAGCGGAAUGCCAGCAUUUGAGGCCAUCUUCUUCAAGUGUCAGAUUUUGUUGCAGUUCCCUUUUCUGAGCUGCCAUGAGUACAUUGAUCCAUAUUUGUAUAUUGCCAGCUGUGUUAAUGAUCUUUGCAAAACUGAUGAUGAUGAAACCUAUUGCCGAGCAGCCACCGAGUAUGCGAGAGCCUGUUCCCAUGCCGGGUACCCUAUUCAAGACUGGAGAGAUGACUUUCCAGCAUGCACUGAUAAAUGUGAUGAUAGCUUUGUCCAUCGGGAUUGUAUCAGUUGUUGUCCACCAACCUGCACAUUUGAGAAACAGUGUCUCGGGAGCAAUCUCCAUUGUCUUGAUGGAUGUUACUGCGCAGAUGGCCUCAUAAUGGACAAUGGGACUUGCAUCUCCUUGGAAAACUGCCCAUGUAGUUUUCAUGGAUUAGCUUAUUCAGUUGGUUCAAAAAUUGAACAAGAAUGUACUGAAUGUGUAUGUGUUGGUGGAGUUUGGAACUGCACUGAGCAUGACUGUCCAGUUCAAUGCUCUGUUGUGGGUGAUUCUCAUUUUACAACGUUUGAUGGUCAACAUUAUUCUUUUAUUGGAAUGUGCCAAUACAUCCUUGUGAAAGGAACUGGAAAAGAUAAAUUCACAAUUACUUUACAGAAAGCUCACUGUGAACAGAACCUUGGCUUGGUCUGUCUUCAGUCUAUAACUCUGAUUUUGGAGGAUGAUCUUAACAAACAAGUGACCCUUAGUAGGGGAGGACAGAUCCUUACCAGUCCUAACCAAGGCUUCAAUCUGAAUGGAAUUGUUGAAAUUCAAACUCUGUCAUCCUUAUUUAUUCUUCUAAAAACCACAUUUGGUUUAAAGAUUCUGUUUGCUGUAGAUGGCGAAAGAAUUUAUAUUCAGCUCACCAGUGCAUGGAAAAGAAGAACACUAGGUCUGUGUGGCACUUUUAAUGGGAACAUAAGGGAUGAUUUCCUUUCUCCAUCAGGCAUGAUAGAAGGUACCCCACAACUUCAUGCCAACGCCUGGAGAGUUUCCACCACUUGUUUUGCACCUGUUCAUGUUCCUAUGGUGGACCCCUGCAACAUUAAUCAACAAAACAUUGGAUACGCAGCACACUGUGAUGUUAUCCACAAAGAGCUCUUUGCUCCUUGCCACAUCUACAUCAGCCCUGGACUGUACUAUCAGCUGUGCCGCCAUGACACUUGCAAGUGUGGAAGCGCCUGUCUCUGCAAUGCUCUUGCCCACUAUGCCUACCUCUGUGGCCAGCGCGGUGUUACCAUCGAUUUCAGAGCUCAGAUUUCAUUCUGUGGUGUCGUGUGCCACAAGGGCAUGCUGUACCAUCACUGCUCCUCCUUUUGUCGCCGCUCCUGCACAUCCCUUGCCGCCCCUGAGCAGUGUAACGACGACUGUGCUGAGGGCUGCAACUGCCCUGAAGGCAAAUACUAUGAAGACACGCUCAGCUUUUGUGUGCCCAUAUUUCACUGCCGGUGUCAUUAUAGAGGCAGCGUUUAUCAACCUGGGGAGCUCAUCCCAACACCGUCGGGCUUAUGCCAGUGUUCAAACGGGACCGUGAAAUGUGAUGAACCAGCAACGCCCUCUACUGUUCAUGCCUGUCCCGAAGGAAAAGUGUAUUUUGACUGCAGACUUCCUGACCCUGAAUUACCAGCUGGUGGUGUAAAUUGUGAGACUACAUGUGCAAAUCUGGCCAUGAACUUCACUUGUGCCCCAUCCUCACCCUGUAUAAGUGGCUGUGUUUGUGCUCCAGGAAUGGCAGAGCACAAAGGAAAGUGUUAUAUUCCCGAAAGCUGUCCGUGUAUCUGGAAAGAUUGGGAGUACCUUUCAGGAGAAGUGAUUGCUACACCAUGUUAUACCUGUGUUUGUCGACGAGGGAUGUUCAAUUGCACCUACUACCCAUGCCCAGCUGUGUGUACAAUAUAUGGGGACCGGCAUUAUAAUUCUUUUGACGGAUUGGAAUAUGACUAUGUCAGUGAUUGCCAGGUAUUUUUGAUAAAGAGUGCAGAUGAUUCAGAUAUAUCUGUCAUUGCCCAGAACAAGAAAUGCUUUGACAACGAUAUUGUUUGUUCCAAAAGUGUUUUGAUUUCAGUUGGGGACACAGAAGUUUACCUGAAUGAUACUCCUUACAAACAGAAACGAUCAGUUUUUUUUCUGGAAAAUAAACCUACAUACCAGCUUUGGAAGGCAGGGUACUACAUAGCAGUAUACUUUCCAGAGAACGAUAUCACUAUUCUUUGGGAUAAAAAGACGACCAUUCAUAUCAAAGUUGGACCCCAGUGGAAGAACAAACUUUCAGGAUUAUGUGGGAACUUUGACAAAUGUACUUCAAAUGAUAUGACUACUUCCAAUAACUUAGAAGUGAGAAAUGCCCAAGUAUUUGGAGAUAGUUGGGCAUUAGGGCAGGCAACGCUAAUGAAGAGAUCAUUGAUGACAUUUCCAGGGCGGUUUCAGGGAGGUGGAUCAGAAGAGGCAGAGACCAAAUCGCUGAGCACGUGGGAGUGUGAAACCCCCAGUGAAUUAUUUAAACCCUGUGAGGCACAUCAAAACAAAUUUCCUUAUGCCAAGAAAGAGUGCGCCAUUUUGUACAGCGAUGUUUUUGCUCCUUGUCGCAAUGUGAUUGAUGUUACUUCUUUUGCUAAAAAUUGCCACGAAGACACGUGUAACUGUAAUCUUGGUGGGGAUUGUGAAUGUUUAUGCACAACCGUAGCAGCAUAUGCAUACAAAUGUUGUCAGGAAGGGGUGUCUGUUCACUGGCGGUCAUCCACUAGUUGUUCACUUGACUGUGAAUAUUACAAUGAAGGGCUUGGAGAAGGGCCAUACAUGCUGGCAAGUUAUGGACAGAGUGGCCUUGUUCUGGGGGCCAAUAUGACCAGUAGGAGCAUUUUCUCUUUGCCAAGGAGUAGUAUUCAUGGCAAUUUAUUUUUUAAUUUUAUGAUCACUCCAGGCCUUUUUAAAGAGAAGGCAUCAUCAUUGGCACUUGUUUCCUUGGAAUCUGCUGAAAGGCCAAACUACUUUCUCUACGUCCACGACGAUGACACUCUUCGUUUGGAACUAUGGCAGGCGAAUUCAGCCUUCCAUCGGAGAGCCACAUUUUUCCACCAUCAGAGUCUCUGGAUUCCUGGUUACAGUGCAUUUGAGUUAUACAGCAAGAAAGGCUUUUUCAUCAUCCUCACAGAUGCUAGUGUCAAAGCAUCAAAAUAUGAUGAUUCCGAAGAAUUCAAACAUUCAAGUAGCUUCAGUAUAGAAGAAACCCAGGCAGCAGUGCCCUACCGGAGGAUGUGUGAGUGGAAAUAUGAACCUUGUGCCACUCCUUGUUUUAAAACAUGCAGUGACCCUGAAGCACAAGCAUGUAAAUUUCUUCCACCCGUUGAAGGAUGUUUGCCCUACUGCCCUAAAAAUAUGAUCCUUGAUGAGACCACCCUCAAAUGUGUUUAUCCAGGAGACUGCAUACCUUUGAUUCCCACAGAACCAGCAUUAACGCCACCAGCAGGUCCAGAAACGAUUACUCCAUCAGACUUCACUGUAUUGGACAUGCUAACGCCAACAACAACAGGUUUGGAAUGUGAGCCUCAACAAUUUGAUCCUGUUUAUAAUUGUAGCCAGUAUAUAUGCCUUAAUAUGGAGUGGCAGUUGUACAACUGGUCUCUUAAUUGCCCAAAGGCCUUGGAAAUGCCUGACUGUGGUUUCCGGGGAAGGCCCAUGCAAGUGAACAGUGAUAUCUGCUGCCCUGAGUGGGAAUGUCCUUGUCGGUGUUCCAUGUUGUCAGAACUGAGCAUUAUUACAUUUGAUGGAAACAAUGCAGCAUUGUAUAGUAUGGCUUCUUAUAUCUUAGUAAGAAUUCCUGGGGAAAUUAUAGUUGCUCAUAUUGAAAAAUGUUCCAUGAAUCAGAAUGGAAAUUCACUUAAAAAGCUAGCAUCCUCCGGAAGAAUGUAUGGACUUUGUUUUAAGAAGUUAAAUUUGACAAUAUCUAUACAUAAAAUACUUGUUAAUCGGGCAGCAAGAAAGGUAGAAGUGGAUUCUAUUGCUGUGCCUCUGCCCUUUUCAAGUCAAGAACUGUCCAUAGAAGAUUCUGGUACCAUGUAUGUUAUCACAACUCCAGCUGGACUAAUCAUAAAGUGGGCUCACCUUACAGGGAUCAUAGACAUCCAUUUUGGCUUUCGAUUUAACUUGUCAUCUUACACAGAAGGACUCUGUGGAAUUUGCAAUGAGGAUCCAGAUGAUGAUCUAAGGAUGCAAAAUGGCACAAUUAUUACAAAUAUGGAAGACAUAGAAUUAUUUAUUGAGAGCUGGGAAAUUGAGAAAUCAUUUGAAGUAACAACAAGAAGACCUGUUAGGAAUUGCACUGAGCAUGACUGCAGUCAAUGCAUUGAGUUAUUAAAUAGAAGAGUUUUCAUUCCAUGCCAUAAUAAAGUUUCACCACAGAACUUUUGUGAAAAGAUGUGGAUCAAUUAUACCUAUUUUUGGAACUAUGAAUGUGAUGCACUUUCUGCAUACGUGGCUCUCUGCAACAGGUUUGACAUCUGUCUUCAGUGGAGAACACCUGAUUACUGCUCUCUGAGUUGCCCAGAGGGGAAGGAAUAUCAACCCUGUGUGAGGACUUGUGAAGCAAGAACAUGUCUGAACAGAUGGUUCUAUGGACAUUCCUCAUGCCUGAAUUUAAGAGAAGAUUGUGUGUGCAAAAAUGGAACCAUCCUUCAUAGGCCAGACUCAAUUCAGUGCAUUCCAGAGCAAGAAUGCGCAUGCACAGAUAGUGAAGACCAACCUCGCACUGCUGGGGAGGUUUGGAAUGGGGGCAUUGAUGAAUGUGCCCUCUACAAAUGUUUGGAGAAUGGAAGUAUUAUUCCUAUAGAACCGGAUUGUGAUGAAGAGCCCUCUCCAGUUUGUGAACGAGAAGCUGAAGUUGUCCUGAGCAUCACUGACAAGUGGACCUGCUGUUCAAAGGAAGUUUGUGGAUGUGACAUGACCUUGUGUGAAACUGCCAUUCCAACAUGUACAGAUAGUCAAAAAUUGGUUGUUGGCCAUAGUCCUCUUUCUUGUUGUCCACAGUAUCAAUGUGAGUGUGACCCAUUGAAAUGCCCCAGUAUUUCAAUACCAGAAUGCAGAGAAGACCAAUUCAUGAUUCAGGUUCAACAGGAAGAGCCUUGCUGUUUUUCUCCUCUCUGUGUUUGUGAAUCUUGCACCAAACCUAUUCCACUAUGUACUGAUGGGGAAUUUCUCACUGUGGAUCUUAAUACCACACAUUUCUGUUGUCCACAGUAUUAUUGUGUUUGUGACCCAAAUCUUUGUCCUGCACCACUACUCAACUGUGCAGAGGAUAUGAAGCUUGUCAAAGAAAAUGUAUCUGGUCAAUGUUGUCCAACAUGGCAUUGUGAAUGUAGCUGUGAAAACCUUGUUAUGCCAACUUGUGAAGUGGGAGAAUUUACUGCAAUAGACCGUAACUUUCAGAGUGACUGUGGAUGCAUACAGUAUCUCUGUGAAAAGGAUGAUGUGUGUGUAUUUCAAGAAGUAUCAGUAUUGAAUCCUGGCCAGUCUAUGAUCAAGUAUGUGGAAGGGGACUUUUGUUACACAGUGGAGUGUCUGGAAGAAAAAGAUAACCAUACAGGAUUUCACACUCUGAAUUUUACAAUGGUGAAUUGCUCAAAAGAAUGUGACAUUCACCAGAUGUACACUCCAUCUCCAAGUGAUUAUGAUUGCUGUGGUACCUGCAAAAAUGUGUCCUGUAAAUUUCAAAUGGAAAAUGGAACAUCAGUUAUAUAUGAGGAGGGGAGGACCUGGCAUUAUAAUUGUACCACAUAUGAAUGUGUUAAGACUGACGAAGGGACAAUGAUUCUGAACUACAGUAUGGUCUGUCCCCCUUUUAAUGAGACUGAAUGCAAAAUGAAUGAAGGGAUUGUAAAGCUUUAUAAUGAAGGCUGUUGCAAGAUCUGCAAACGAGAAGAAAGAAUAUGCCAGAAAGUGAUCAUUAAAUCAAUCAUAAGGAAACAAGACUGUAUAAGUCAAAACCCUGUAAAUGUUGCAUCUUGUGAUGGAAAAUGCCCAUCUGCUACCAUAUAUAACAUCAAUAUUGAGAGCCAUCUCAGAUUCUGCAAGUGUUGUCGUGAAAAUGGAGUGAGAAACUUGUCUGUGCCUCUGUAUUGCUCAGGAAAUGGCACUGAAGUCAUGCAUGCCCUCCAGGAACCUAUAGACUGCACAUGCCAGUGGAAUUAAACUUUUGAUUCUAGGAACUCUAUGCAAUAAUCAUAAUGUCAAGUGAAGUUACUUUCUAACACUAUUAUUUAGGCACUGGAAGAUUUAUACUAUUUAACAAUAAGGUAUUAUUCACACUCUUGGGAUAUGGCAAUUUAACACUUGGUACAAAUAUAUGCAAUUUCCUAGAAAAAAUAGAUUUAUUGAUUUACUCUAUUUUAGAGAAUCAAAUGAUUUUAAGUUGUUCAGCUGAAAUGCAGUUAUGUAUAUAAAUGCAACCUUCCAUAGCCCUGGGAUGUUCUCAUCAAUUAGAAAAGUCUUUUGCAGAAUUUUUCAGUUGCACUCAAUAGUGAUUUUUUUGCUUUACAAAGUCUGCCAUAGCUACCCAAAUUAAGAUAACAGUACGCUUUCAUCGCUACCGUUUAGUCUGGUAAAUGUAAUUAGUUAAAAUUUGCAUCUGGAUAGUCAUAAAGAGUAGGAUACUUAGAGACAGAACAUAGAACUACAGGAUUAGAUUAUUUAAAGCCUGAAUGAAUAUCAGGGCUGUUAUUGCAAAUUCCUCUCAUUUUGCAGGUGUAUCAUGUCACUGGAGAAGCCGUGUGACUUACACCAAAUGUCUUUGUGCAUUCGGCCCUAUGCUCUUUUCUUUUGAAUGGUAUAGUAAGGUGUCUGUCACAGAAUCUUUGAUUCUUAAGAGUUUGCUUUUCAUAGAAGCAAGAAUUUUAAAUUCAAUUCCUUUUAAAGAAAUGAAAAAAAAAUGCCACACAUAUGUAGGUAUAUA